AUGCUUCCUAAUAUGUAUCGUUUUGACCAGAAUGAAACUCGCUCUUCAAUCGAAUGGUGUUUCAGAACAUAUCCAGUCAUUACAAAAGUCAUGGCCGCAGCACGCCCUCUCACUUGGUUGAUCACUGGUGCCUCAUCCGGCUUCGGCAAGGCGCUUGCCCUAGAAACUCUCAGAGCAGGCUACAAGGUAAUCGGCACCACUCGUGAUGUUGGAAAGGCAGAAGUCUCAUUCCCUGAGUUCAAAUCUAAAGGCGGAAUCUGGCUAGAGCUGGACCCCGCCCAAAAAGAUGCCUAUGAACAAUUUUCCAAAUGCUCUCAAGAACACGAUGUCGAUGUGCUCGUGAACAAUGCAGGAUAUGCUUUCGUUGGCGGUGUUGAAGAUACAAGUGAGGAUGAAGUUCGCGAUCAAAUGGAAGUCAACUUCUACGGGCCUCUCCGCAUUGUCCGAGCCUGUCUCCCAACCAUGCGUGCAAAAGGCUCUGGCAACAUUCUUCUUAUUAGCAGUGGCGCUGGGUACGCAGUAUUCUCUCUUCCCCAAUUUACUUUUCAGACCUCGGUCUUGAAGUUCGACUUACUCAGCAACAGCUUCCUAGCCCUUGCUGGACGAUCCACAUACGCCGCCAGCAAAUUUGCCAUUGAGGCUGUCCACGAGUCCCUCGCUCAAGAGGUUAAGACGUUCGGUAUCAAAGUCCUUAUAGUAGAACCCGGUGCUUUCCGCACGCCCUUCUCGAGCAGGAUCAUCAAUCCAGCUCAGUACAAGGAUAGUAACGGCUUCAGUGAAGCCUACAAGGACACUGCGGUUGCGCAGAUGGUCGGUUUGACUGCAACUAUCAAGAACAUUGAAGACUUUGCCAAGGGAGACACAGAUAAAGCCGCGAAAGCUAUCGUCGGGGCUGUCGUCAACGGUCACGAUUAUCUUCGGCUGCCGCUGGGGAGCGACUGUGCAAGAUCAUUGGAGGCCAAAAUUGGAUGGUUACAGAGUGACUUGGAUGCUACUCGGGAGAUUGCCACAUCGACAGACGUCGAUUGA